GUCCAAAAAGAAGCGAAAAAUCGACCCGAACGAAACGCAUCUGGCGAGUGUGUGUGCUUCUGGAAGUGCUGAAGAGUGAAAUCAUUCCUUCUUUCCUCUGACGACGACGAUUGCUGCCCGAUUCUUCCGGUUUUUGUCCCCCUACAGUGCAUUGUUUCCCGGAUCGGAGCGUACUUUUGCUGCUGCCGCAUUUCUGCCACCAGUAGUUUAAAAAUGCAGUGUAACAUUCGGCAUUUGGUGAACCUGGCCGCCAAGGGCAAUUCCGCCGCUGGUUUGCGCAAUCAUGGGGCCAUUCUCGGAGCGCUUUACGGACGGUUCUAUUCGACGACACACGACGCCGACCUGGUGGUGAUCGGUUCCGGCCCCGGAGGAUAUGUGGCCUCCAUCAAGGCUGCCCAGCUCGGAAUGAAGACCGUCUGCAUCGAGAAGAACGACACCCUCGGUGGAACCUGUCUAAACGUGGGCUGCAUCCCGUCGAAGGCCCUGCUGAACAACUCGCACUACUACCACAUGGCCCACUCGGGUGACCUUGCCUCGCGUGGUAUCCUGGUCGACAAUGUCCGCCUGGAUCUGGACGUUCUGAUGGACCAGAAAACGAAGGCCGUCAAAUCGCUGACCGGUGGUAUCGCCCAGCUGUUCAAGAAGAACAAGGUCACGCACCUGAAUGGGUUUGGUACCAUUACCGGACCGAACACCGUCGUGGCCAAGAUGGCCGAUGGCAGCGAGGAGGUUGUCAACGCCAAGAACAUCAUGAUUGCCACCGGUUCGGAAGUCACUCCAUUCCCGGGCAUUGAAAUCGAUGAGGAAACCAUUGUUUCGUCGACUGGCGCCCUGAAGAUGAAGCAAGUUCCCAAACGUAUGGGACUGAUCGGAGCUGGUGUCAUUGGCUUGGAGUUGGGUUCCGUUUGGGGUCGUCUGGGAGCCGAAGUUACCGCCAUUGAAUUCUUGUCCUCGAUCGGGGGUGCCGGAAUCGAUCAGGAAGUUUCCAAGUCCUUCCAGAAGAUCCUUACAAAGCAAGGCUUCAAGUUCUUGCUGGGAACGAAGGUUGUCGCUGCCUCAAAAUCUGGCAGCGGCGUGACCGUUAGCGUUGAAAAUGUCAAGGAUGGAAGCAAGCAGGAGCUGGAAUUCGAUGUUUUGUUAGUGUCCGUUGGCCGUCGUCCAUACACUGAGGGUCUUGGUCUGGAGAACGUUGGCAUUGUCAAGGAUGACCGAGGCCGUGUUCCAGUGAAUAGCGUCUUCCAGACCAUUGUACCGAGCAUCUAUGCUAUCGGAGACUGUAUCCAUGGUCCUAUGCUGGCCCAUAAGGCUGAAGAUGAGGGCAUUGUGUGCGUGGAAGGUAUGCAGGGAGGCCAUGUCCAUAUCGAUUACAACUGUGUGCCAAGUGUGGUGUACACGCAUCCGGAAGUGGCAUGGGUUGGCAAGAACGAGGAGGAACUUAAGAACGAGGGAGUUGCCUACAACGUCGGUAAAUUCCCCUUCAUGGCCAACUCUCGUGCCAAGACCAAUAACGACACCGAUGGCUUCGUCAAGGUGCUGGCAGAUAAGCAGACGGAUCGUGUGCUUGGCGUGCACAUUAUUGGACCGGCCGCUGGCGAGCUGAUCAACGAGGCUGUCCUGGCCAUGGAAUACGGAGCGUCUGCUGAGGAUGUUGCCCGUGUCUGUCACGCCCAUCCCACAUGCGCGGAAGCGCUACGAGAGGCCCAUACGGCAGCCAGCUUCGGCAAGCCAAUCAACUUCUAAUAAGCUAAGUUUGUACCAUAAUUAAACGUAAAACGAUAAACUAUGCAUAGUAGGAGAGCUACCAGAGAAGCGCGUGAGGGAUUUUUUCGGCGGCAAUCCCUCUCUACGAGAUAUUAAGGUACAUACCAAUUGGACGAAUAUCAUUACAACUAGCAAAAGUGUUAUCUCUUCGUCAUAGUGCUGCACCGUAACAAAAGGUAAGUCUAAAUCAACUCCCCGAUACACCUAGAUACUGCUAGACACUACGAUACAUCUCGAUCAUAUUGGACCAUCGGUCCGUUUUUGUUAGCGAACAAGUACCAGCAAUUGAUUACAUGUACUUUUUUGUAAGCAAAAUCAAAAAAAACUUAUGAAAUAUAUUAAAUUAUUGUUUUAGAAACAAUUCAAAAAAA